GAUGAUUGUCCCUUCGUCUACGAGGAUCAGUACCAUCCUGCCUUAGAUAUUACAAUGAAUUUACUGACGGCAAAUGAUGGUUUGCCGAACUUUCCGUCUUUGGGUGGUCGAUAUAAUUUUCGAAGAGCCAACUUUCCUGGCAUGUAUGAUAAACUACUUUACACGGAUUGGUCUUUUCUAAAUGUGGAGGUUAAUGCGGAUGAUGCUUUGCGAGCUUUUUAUAAAAAGUUGUAUGAGAUUUUGGAUUUAUUUGUUCCUAAGAGAUUGAGUCGGGGAUCCUCAUACCCUAUUUGGUACACCCCAGAAAUUAAGCGGCUAUUAAAGUUGAAAGAGUAUUAUAGGAGGAAGUGGAGGAGAAGCAAUAGUGCUUUCUAUUCAGCGGAAUAUAAAAGACUGAGAUGUUUGACUAAACAGAAAAUCUCUGAUGCGUAUACUUCCUUUACUAUUAGUGCUGAACAAUCGCUUAGUUCUGAUCCCCGUAACUUUUGGAAUUAUAUAAGACAGAAAACAACGACCUCUCGACUUCCUGGAAAAAUGAUGCGUGAUAAGUCCACCUACACUGAUCCUGAAAAAAUAGUUAAUGCUUUUGCAGAUCAAUUCUCUGGAGUAUAUUCUGGUGUCUCUGCUUAUAACAUGGUUGAUAACAGAUUAUUUACAAGAUGAUUUAUCCACAGGUUCAGUCAUUUGUGUCACCAUAUCAGCAUGGGUUUAUCAAGCGUCGUUCGACCAUUACCAACCUCGCGGUGGUUACUGAGGUAAUUUGUGAAUCUUUGGAUAGGGGCGGUCAGGUAGAUGUGGUAUACACUGAUUUUUCUAAAGCAUUCGACAUGAUUCAUCAUGACGUCCUCUUGUAUAAACUUAGUGCUUUUGGCUUAUCUCCUAAGUUUAUGAAACUAUUUGCCUCUUACCUAUCGGGUCGUAUAAAUUAUGUGUACUACAACGGUUAUGUGUCUAUGGAGUUUACGGCUAGGUCUGAUGUUCCUCAGGGCUCAAAUCUGGGCCCCCUACUAUUUGUUAUCUUCUUGAAUGACCUUCUAGACAAAUUUUCAUCAAGCGUACUAGCUU